GGGCCGCUGGCGGGGGCGGUGCGCGCUCCGCGGCAUGGCGGGCACGGCGGCCCGGAGCCCGCUGCCCUUGCUGCUGCUCCUGCUGCUGCCAGGCACCAGCGCCGAGCCGGAGCUGCGCUUCAGGCCGCCGGCCGAGGCCCCCGUGCGGCUCUUCACCGAGCCCGAGCUGGCCAGAUACGACGGGCAGCAGGAAGGACAGCCCAUCUACCUGGCGGUGAAGGGAGUAGUGUUUGAUGUCACCUCUGGAAAAGAAUUUUAUGGAAAAGGAGCCCCAUACAAUGCUUUGGUUGGAAAAGACUCAACAAGAGGAGUUGCAAAGAUGUCUCUGGAUCCAGCAGAUCUUACACAUGACACAACAGGACUCACAGAAGAGGAACUGAAGUCCCUGGAUGACAUCUUCAAUAAUGUUUAUAAAGCCAAAUACCCAAUUGUUGGCUACACUUCUCGGCGAAUUCUGAAUGAGGAUGGCAGCCCCAAUCUGGACUUUAAACCUGAAGAUCAGCCACAUUUCAGCAUCAAAGAUGAGUUUUGAGGAACAUUUUUGUACCUAGAGAAUGCCUGUGGAGAGGCACAACAUUAAAUGACUUCCCUGUGCUGUGGGAAUCAGAUUACAACMAUUUACUAUCAUGAGUCAGUUUUCUGCUCAGAAAAUCCGUGUGUGUGCCCACACAUUGUUCAGAGGAAGCAAACAGAUCUGAGAUCUGUGGUAGUGUCACACACUUGGGCUGUUURCUGGAAAUUAUGGGAAUUAUUUAACCUGCAAGUUUUUUCUGCCUGGAUUUCUCUGUUAGRAAGUGUAUAAUGUAAAAUUGCAUUCCUUAGAAGAGAGGAGGAAGUUUUUAAUAACUGAAAUACUAAAGUUUAGGGUUUUGUGACUGGUCUUUUUGCAAAUCCCAAGUUGUGAACCACUCUUUGGGAAAGUGCAAUGCAUUUUUGGGACAAACUAACAUCACACUCUGUGCUUCAUGUGAGUGUGGGUAUCCAAAGUACAAACAGGUGCAAUAGAGGCUUACAUUUUGAAAAGCAUUAUGGGUUUAAUAUUUGUUAAGUUUGAGA